UGGAUGAAAUGGCGGAACGAGCGGGCCCGGGAAAGCAUCUUCCGAAUUGGAAAAACUAACCAUUGUUGUAAUUGCGUGUAAAAUUUUCAUUAGCGUUAGUGUUUAAUUUGGUGAUAAAGAGUUUCUAUCAAGGAACAAUUAGCGAAGACUGCAUGAAGGAGAGGGAAUCGAUCGAUUGAUUCCAAUAAUCAAAAACAUGGGCGAUCAUUUGGCUAGGGCCCAGGAUUUCGAGAGCAAGGCAGAGAAGAGGCUCAGCGGUUGGGGUUUGUUUGGCUCCAAAUUCGAGGACGCCGCUGAUCUCUUCGACAAAUCCGCCAAUUCCUACAAGCUGGCCAAAUCAUGGGACCAAGCAGGAGCCACUUACAUCAAAUUGGCGAAUUGUCAUUUGAAGUUGGAAAGCAAGCAUGAAGCUGCCCAAGCUUAUGUUGACGCUGCGCAUUGCUAUAAAAAAACUAACAUAAAUGAGGCUGUAUCUUGCUUAGACAAUGCUGUAAAUAUUUUUUGUGAGAUUGGAAGACUCUCUAUGGCUGCUAGAUAUUUGAAGGAAAUUGCUGAGUUAUAUGAGGCUGAACAAAAUAUCGAGCAGGCGGUAAUUUACUUUGAAAGAGCAGCUGAUUUUUAUGAAAAUGAAGAAGUGAACACUUCUGCAAACCAGUGCAAGCAAAAAGUUGCUCAAUACUCUGCCCAGCUAGAACAAUAUCAGAGGUCAAUUGAGAUUUAUGAAGAGAUUGCUCGCCAGUCUCUAAACAAUAAUUUACUGAAGUAUGGAGUUAAAGGACAUCUUCUUAAUGCUGGCAUUUGCCAACUUUGUAGAGGCGAUGUUGUUGCUAUUAACAAUGCACUGGAGCGAUAUCAGGAUAUAGAUCCAACAUUUUCAGGAACACGUGAAUAUAGAUUUCUUUCAGAUAUUGCUGCUGCAAUUGAUGAAGAAGAUGUUGGAAAGUUUACUGAAGUUGUAAAAGAAUUUGAUAGCAUGACCCCUCUGGACUCUUGGAAGACAACACUUCUUUUGAGGGUGAAGGACAAACUGAAAGCCAAAGAACUUGAGGAGGAUGAUCUUACUUGAAUUGGAUAAUAGUCUCCUUUUGGUUGGAAAUCUGGUUUAAUAUUUUUAUGCUUCUUUGUCCAGUUGCUCAUCUCACUACCAAUAUAAAUUGUACUUUGCUUUGAGUUUCAAUUGAAAUGGUCUUCAUGAAUUCUUGAAAUGAAUAUGUUGAGGUAGCUAGAAUUGAUCUGUUGAUCCA